AUGGCCACGGCGGCUUCCAAUCCGUAUCUGCCCAGCAGUAGUAUAUUAUCGUCGGGUUCGAUCGUGCACUCGGACUCAGGAGGUGCGGGCAUGCAACCGGGCGGCGGCGCGGCGACCUCGGUGUCCUCCGGCGGCUUCCGAGGAGAGUCGGCGGUGAAAAUGGUGCAGAGUGACUUCAUGCAGGGAGCCAUGGCAGCAGCGAGCAACGGCGGCCACAUGCUGAACCACGCACACCAGUGGGUGACGUCGCUGCCUCACGCGGCCGCCGCCGCCGCCGCAGCCGCGGUAGCAGCCGCCGAGGCCGCCUCGCCUUGGUCCACGAGUCCUGUGGGCAUGGCUGCCAGUCCGCAGCAACAACAGUCUCAGCAGCAACAGCAGCAGGAUGUGAAGAGCAGCACGGCGCGCGAGGACUUGCACACUCCCAGCACGCUGCAUCACCGGCAUUUAGGUCCUCACCAGGCGCACGCGGCUCCCUGGGGCGGCGCCGCAGCUGCUGCACACAUCUCCGCCAUUACCGCGAGCCAACAGCAACAACAGCAGCAGCAGCAAUCGCUCAUCUACUCACAACCCGGUGGCUUCACGGUGAACGGCAUGCUGAGUGGCGGCCAAAGUCUCGUGCACCCUGGACUGGUGCGAGGCGGCACACCGGAGCUGGAGCACGGCGCGCACCCGCACUCUCACCCUCACCAUCACCACCAUCAACAUCACCAUCACCACCACCACCAGCAGCAUCAGCAUCAGCACCACCAGCAGCAGCAGGGCCACCACGGCCCCAACAGCCACGAGGCACACUCGGAUGAGGACACGCCGACCUCGGAUGACCUGGAGCACUUCGCCAAGCAGUUCAAGCAGCGGCGCAUCAAGCUUGGCUUCACGCAGGCCGACGUGGGCCUCGCCCUCGGUACGCUCUACGGCAACGUGUUCUCUCAGACCACGAUCUGCCGCUUCGAGGCGCUGCAGCUCAGUUUCAAGAACAUGUGCAAGCUCAAGCCCCUGCUGAACAAGUGGCUGGAGGAGGCCGACUCCAGCACGGGCAGUCCUACAAGCAUCGACAAGAUCGCAGCGCAGGGCCGCAAACGCAAGAAGCGCACAAGCAUCGAGGUGAGCGUCAAAGGUGCGCUCGAGAGCCACUUCCUCAAGUGCCCUAAGCCGUCAGCGCAGGAGAUCAGCACCCUGGCCGACACGCUGCAGCUGGAGAAGGAGGUGGUGCGCGUCUGGUUCUGUAACCGCAGGCAGAAGGAGAAGCGCAUGACGCCGCCCGGAGUGCCCCCGACGCCGGACGAUGUGUACUCGCAGGUCGGCAACGGACAUUUUUUAGUAGAUUACUUAAAAGAUGCAAGUUUAAACGGGCCGAGCGAGGCGGGCGACCAGAAGGUGACAACAACCACACGCUCGUUUCAUCAGGUAAUUCUGGCGCAUUGA